AUGGCCAGCGCACAAACAGAAUAUGGUGUCGUCUACACCCCCUCGUCCGUUGUAUCGGCCGUCGAACAGCAGAAGCCGCCUCUGAGCGACGCCGUGCUCGAACAGCUUGGCGUGCGCUACAUCCGCCUCAUCUGGUGUGACUGGACAAACACCAUCCGGUACCACGUCCUCGCGCGCUCGUACUUCUGCAAGCUCCUUCGCUCGCCGCGCCCGGGGAUCACAGCUCCCUCCGCUGUGCUUGGUAUCGUAUUCCUCCACAUCUGCAAGGGCUUUGACUUGACCGACGAGUCUCUCAUCGUGCUCGACGAGAGCAGCUUCCGCCUGUGUCCUUAUUCGCCCGGACAUGCCACUAUCAUGGGCUUCUUCCAGAAUUUGGUCCCUAGUCCAGAGUAUGGACUCGAGAUACUGUGGGAUCCACGCACGCAGCUGGCAAGAGUAGAGAGACUUGCGAAGGAGGCAGCAGGCGUGUCGUACCUGGCCGGAUUCGAGCACGAGUUUAUCCUCCUCAAAUCGACCUCUCCGCCAGUCGGCAUCAACAGCGCAGACUAUGGCGUUUCGCAGAAGCUCCCUGCGGGGUCAGUCGAAGCCAAAGUACUAGAGGAGAUCGCCGACUCUCUGCAAGAGGCAGGCAUCGAGCUGCAGAAGUACCAUGGAGAAGCCGCCCCGGGCCAGUACGAAGUGAUCACUGGUCCUCUGCCGCCGUUGCAAGCAGCAGACGCGUGUAUUGCCACGCGUGAGACGAUCUUCAAUGUCGCAGCGAAACAUGGCCUUCGCGCGACCUUCGCGCCCAGAAUAUCCGCGUACACCGCCGGCACUGGCGCGCACAUCCACCUGUCUGUGCACGACCUUGGGACGCACCCGGACCCGGCGGGCGCGCGGGGCGACGAGCACCUCGCGCCGACACUGGCCACGAAGGAGCGCUCCUUCCUUCAAGGCGUCGUGCGGCAUAUCCCGGCGCUCUGCGCGCUCACACUGCCGACCAAGUUCUCGUACGAGCGCGUCGCGGACGGUAUCCUCGCUGGCGGCACGUAUGCCUCGUGGGGCAUACACAACCGCGAGGCCCCCGUACGCCUGUGCGGUUACCGCGGCAACCAUCGCAUGGAGGCGCGGUUCGUUGACGGCACCGCAUGCCCGCACCUCAUCCUCGCCGGGAUCUUCGGGGCAGGCACGAAGGCCAUCAUAGACCGCGAGCACCUCAAGACGGGCGACUGUACCAAGCCGGUUGCCACCAUGUCUGACGAAGAGCGGGCUGCGGCGGGUGUGUCGAAUGCUCCCAGACUGGGCCCGACCUUGCAAGACUCUCGGAACGCGUUCAAGAGCAGUCCUGUCAUGCGCGAGCUCUUCAGUGACGACUUUGUCGAAAAGUAUAGCCUCGUCAACCAGACAUUUGAAGAGAUGUUCGUGGCCGACACUGAGGAGGAGACUGUCACGAAGCUGGUAAAUUAUUACUAGAUGGUAUGGGACUUCGCGUAUCAGAACGAGCUCAUCGUGCAGCUUGCACCAUGAGUUGGAUACGUACCUAGCAAACAUUUCAAUUUCAGAUGUGAUUUUCUUAUCAUGCAAAAUUCUCAUGACAUUUGCAGUCCGUAGCAACGCCGUUAAAUCAAGAAGAGAGUGUCCUCUUGAUCGGAGACAGCAUAUGACACAGAAGACCCGACAUUCGUCUCAAAGGCUCCUGCACAGCAUCUUUCCUCGCGCCACCUGAGCUCUGCACAGCUCGACUUCUGUCGGGACCGCUGCGACGGCAGCGAGCAAUAUGCCCAUCGAAUCUGCGAAACCUAUCGACCCGAUCUUGAACUCAUGCUCCUGCUUCGCGCGUUCGUGAUUGCCAUUGACGACCUGGGGGCGUUCUUGAUUGAGCCGAUAGAAGACGUUAACACUAGAAUGCUGUUAUUAGAGGCUUCCGAUCCGAUGAGCC